AGGUCUGUUCAUGUCGGCCACCACCGUCAUCAUCCUGGUGGUUCUGUUCGUGAUCGAGACCUUCGUGAUCCAGGGCCGGGUCUGGAUGGCAGAGUGCACGCCUGUUUACGUCCAGUACUUCGUCAAGUUCUUCAUCAUCGGAGUGACCGUGCUGGUGGUCGCUGUUCCCGAAGGUUUACCGCUGGCUGUAACCAUCUCCCUGGCUUACUCAGUCAAGAAAAUGAUGAAGGACAACAACCUGGUACGGCACCUGGACGCCUGCGAGACCAUGGGCAACGCCACGGCCAUCUGCUCGGACAAGACGGGCACGCUGACCACCAACCGCAUGACGGCCGUGCAGCUCUACGUCUGCGACCACCACUUCCCCACCAUCCCCGAGCCAGAGCAGGUCCACGCCAAGGCACUGGAGCUGCUGGUGGCCUCCAUCUCCGUCAACAGCGCCUACACCUCCAAGAUCAUGCCCCCAGAUCAGGAGGGGGGGCUGCCCAAGCAGGUGGGCAACAAGACGGAGUGUGCCCUGCUGGGGCUGGUGCUCAGCCUGAAGCGCGACUACGUCCCCAUCCGGGAGCAGAUCCCCGAGGAGAAGCUCUACAAGGUGUUCACCUUCAACUCCGUCCGCAAGUCCAUGAGCACGGUGGUGCAGCUUCCCGACCGCUCCUUCCGCCUGUACAGCAAGGGCGCCUCCGAGAUCCUGCUCAAGAAGUGCUCCACAAUCAUGGACGCCGCCGGGGAGCUGAGGAACUUCAAGCGCGCCGACCGGGAUAAGAUGGUGAAGAAGGUGAUCGAGCCGAUGGCGUGCGAGGGCCUGCGGACCAUCUGCGUGGCGUUCCGCGACCUCCCCGCGACCCCCGAGCCCGACUGGGAGGACGAGGCCGACAUCCUGACCAACCUAUCCUGCAUCGGUGUGGUCGGCAUCGAGGACCCCGUCCGCCCCGAGGUCCCGGAUGCCAUCAAGAUGUGCCAGCGCGCUGGGAUCACCGUGCGCAUGGUUACCGGCGACAACAUCAACACGGCGCGCGCCAUCGCCGGCAAGUGCGGCAUCAUCCAACCGGGUGACGACUUCCUGUGCAUGGAGGGCAAGGACUUCAACCGGCGAAUCAGGAACGAGAAGGGCGAGAUCGAGCAGGAGCGCAUCGACAAGAUCUGGCCCAAACUGCGGGUCCUGGCACGUUCCUCGCCCUCCGACAAAUACAUCCUGGUGAAAGGUAUCAUAGAGAGCACGGCGCUGGAGCAGCGGCAGGUGGUGGCCGUGACCGGGGACGGCACCAACGACGGGCCCGCCCUGAAGAAGGCCGACGUGGGCUUCGCCAUGGGCAUCGCUGGCACCGACGUGGCAAAGGAGGCCUCUGACAUCAUCCUGACAGACGACAACUUCUCCAGCAUCGUGAAGGCGGUGAUGUGGGGCAGGAACGUCUACGACAGCAUCUCCAAGUUCCUGCAGUUCCAGCUCACCGUCAACAUCGUGGCCGUCAUCGUGGCCUUCUGCGGGGCCUGCAUCACCCAGGACUCCCCGCUGAAGGCGGUGCAGAUGCUGUGGGUCAACCUCAUCAUGGACACCUUCGCCUCGCUGGCCCUGGCCACGGAGCCACCCACAGAGUCCCUGCUGCUGAGGAAGCCCUACGGACGCAACAACCCCCUGAUCUCCAGAACCAUGCUGAAGAACAUUCUGGGCCACAGCGCCUACCAGCUGGUCAUCAUCUUCACCCUGCUGUUCGCAGGCGAGAAGAUCUUCAACAUCGACAGCGGCCGCAACGCCCCGCUUCACUCGGCCCCGUCCGAACACUACACCGUCAUCUUCAACACCUUCGUGCUCAUGCAGCUCUUCAACGAGAUCAACGCCCGCAAGAUCCACGGAGAGAGGAACGUGUUCGACGGCAUCUUCGCCAACCCCAUCUUCUGCUCCAUCGUCCUGGGCACCUUCGUGGUGCAGAUCGUGAUCGUUCAGUUUGGAGGGAAACCGUUCAGCUGCGCCCCGCUCAACGUGGAGCAGUGGUUCUGGUGCCUCUUCAUCGGGCUGGGGGAACUCCUGUGGGGACAGGUGGUGACCUCUGUACCAACCAGCCACUUCAAAUGCCUGAAGGAGGCGGGACCCGGCACGGGCGCCGACCACAACAUGGACGAGGACAUGGCGGACGACGAGGACGAGAUCGACCACGCGGAGCGGGAGCUGCGGCGCGGACAGAUCCUGUGGUUCAGGGGCCUCAACCGCAUCCAGACCCAGAUGCGAGUGGUGAAAGCGUUCCGCAGCUCGCAGUAUAAUGACGUCAGGAAGCCCCAAUCCAGGAACUCGAUCCACGACUUCAUGCAACCCCCCGAAUGUCUCCCCAACGAAUCGGUCCGCAGCAUUCACUCGAUCGACGAGACGGACGAAGACUCGGCCAGCUCUUCCAGCAGAAACCCCGUCGGCUCCUCCCCCGACCCCGCGCUCACCCCGACCUCGCCCCGGCCCCAGCCUCCCCCCCGCCCCCGCCGCAGCUCUCGGCCCACCACCCGCCAGCAGAGCCUGCCCGCCGUCCUCAACUGCAACAACAACAACGGCAGCGCCGAGGCCGCGGCCGCCGCCCGCCACGCCCCCAACGCCGCCCGCCCCCGCCCCCCCAGCGCUGAGACGUGGUUGUAACUCCAGCGCUGAACCCGGGCUCAAAACGGCGUUCACCGCGACCCCCUCCCCCGCUCCCAGUCUGCGGUGGGACGUGAACCAGACAAUGGUGGGAGAAGUGGGGGAGGGGGGAAGGAGGGUGAGGGGAGAGCAUUACUCCGAGUGUUACUCUGAAGGACUUUAGUACGACGGAUAAUCAAUGGAUCUGCUUUAAUGUUGCCCCCCCUCCCCCCUCCAUCCAUACUGUCUGCUUCAGAACACCUUCAUACCCUGCCAAAAAAAAGGAUGCGUAAUUGGAUAACAAUAAGUCCUGUCCUAACCGCUAUGUUGACACUUUAAACUAUAUAUCUAAGCAUGCAAUAGACGAGGGUUGGAUGUGAGUGAAGAAUGAAGUGGAACUAAUAAGGUUGGCACGGCGACUGAAAGACUUACCCAGGAAUCUUCACGAGAUUCCAUUAUUCUGCUUUUUAAAAAGUAUAACUGUUCCAAUUAUUAACAUUAUUACUACUGCGAUGAAUAUGUUUAAUACCAUAAUUAUUAUAAUCCAGCUAACAAUGCUUCAUGUGUGUAUGUGUGUGCGUGUAUGUAGGUAUGUAUGAAUAUAUAUGUCUGUCUAUUCACUUAAGAGCUGUAUUUGUCUAUAUAUACAUAUAUAUAUUUAUUUAUUUAUUUGAUUUUAUAUACUCCUUCUGGUCAUGUCCCUGUUUCCCAUUUAUGUGUCUACGUGUAUUGUGUCUGAAAAAAAAAAAAAGGAAUACUUACAUAAUCAAGAUGAAAUUAUUAACACGUAUGGCAACUCCGAGGUGAAAUAUUAGCAGAAUAGUACAUAUAUUAUACACAACGCCGAGCAAUGAAAAAACAUUUGCUGAUAAUUUGAAUUUUCAUGUAGAUAUAUCUACCCUAGAAUACAGAAAUUCGUUUGGACACUAAGUGGUGGAAAUAACCGAAGUGAGUAUUCAGAUCAUUAAAAAUGUGUGUAAAGAUUAAAGAAUUUAUUUAAAUAA